AUGAAGCGUCGCCUCACACGCGUCAGGGAAAAGCUGGCGAGGGAGCUCCACAAGGAGGAGCCAUCCCCACACUACGUGCUGGGCGACUGGCAAACAGCGGCAGAGCUAGCGUCUCACAUAAACGACCUUCAAUCACAAAUACGUAGCCUCGUCGAGCUCGACGCAAACGAUGAGAAACUAGACGAUCUCGACUCUUGGGAGUCGUCCUUCGAUGAGGAGGUGGAAAUUUUGAGAACAGCGAGGGCGUUUUUGGAGAAACACGCGCCCUCCCUGCUACAGCAACCAGUGCCAAGUGAAAGCAGGUGUUCUGAGAGUGUGAUGUGUAGUGCUAGUAAUAGUAGUAAACACAUGCAGACUGAGCACCCUGUUUCGGAGCAGCUCUCAGUCUCUCAACACGCUAGUCAUCCUGUUAGCAGCACGCCUGCCUUUACUGGUGUGAUGGACAGUAUGCCAAAUGCCACUGGUACUGCUAGGCAAGCACUCACAGCAGUCAGUGCAAUUGCAAAUACCCAUGAUCCUACUCACCAUACUGGUUCAUUAAGCACACUGCAGUACACACCAGCAGUGCCACCACCACCACCACUACACUUGCCUGAGCCUACACCUGGUACUGGUAGUGCCACUGGUCGUGCACAGUGGAGCAAUGCAGAGUACACUUCUGACAGCGAGUCUGUCUGGUCGGAUGCUGACUCCACGUCUACCAACACCUCGUUCCAUGCACCCUCGGUUGUUCCAGGCUCUGCUAUGUUUGUUGCUGCAGUCUCCCAGGCUGCCAGUCAUGCCGCACGUGCUGCUGUGGAGGCCACAUGGCAGAUGGACACCUCGAACACACCACGUCGCACUCCUGGUCGGACACCCGUGCAGCUCCCUAAGCUCACACUGCCGACCUUUCAUGGUGAUAUCCUUGCAUGGCCCGACUUUUGGGAUAUGUUUUCUGCUGCAGUCGACACACAGCAGUUACCCCAGGUGUCAAAGUUCACGUAUCUGCGCAGUGUGCUGAAAGGUCCUGCCGCCCGUCUGGUCUCCGGCAUUGCAGUGACCGACGCAAAUUAUCCGACUGCUGUCAGCACCCUGAAGGCCGAGUAUGGCAAGCCUGAUAUAGUUAUUGCUCAGUUAUACGGUCGCCUACAGCAUACCGCUCAGUCCUCCACACGCUAUGCGGAUAUAAAAUCUACAUGUGAGGCUCUGGAGAACAUCCUCCUGCAACUGGAGGCCCAGGGGGAAAUACUGAAAGGUCAACGCCUAGUAUGCCACCAGGUACUCUCAAAGCUUCCACUGAGUGUAACUACGAAGCUUGAGGAGUGGCGACCCUCCCAUGACGUCUCAGCACCGUGGGACAUAGAAGACCUCCGCCAGUACCUGAAACGGUACGUGCUUCUGCACGACCGAGCACAACAACGCUCUGGCCAGCAGCAAAGCACCGCUCCAGUGGAUAUGCUGCCGUCCAGUACACUUGUGGCCACUUCUGGCGCAACGUUCCGUAGGCCGCAAGCUGCUACGUCCGCACCCGCUCGGCCACGGAAGCCGUGUGUGUUCUGCGGUGGUGCCCACAACCACGAUGCCUGCGGACGGUUCGCAACUACCUCAGCUCGGAAGGACAGGCUCCUUGAGCUCCAUCUCUGUUACCGUUGUCUUGGCAAAGGCCAUGUCGCAUCUGCCUGCACCCAGCAACGGAAAUGCCGACAUUGCCAGCAGCCAAACCAUCACAACACUGCUAUUUGUUCGCGCCAACAGUCUGCUGUUCACCAGAUCGGUGUCAACAAUGUGCAACAGCAGCCGGCACCCCAGCAACAGCAGCAGCCAAGGCCGCAGAGGUCGCCGCCUCCGCCGCCACAGCAACAGCAGCCACAGCAGCAGUCUCAAUCCGCUACGACACCAGCGCAGUUCUCAUCUUCAUGUAUGUCUGUCAAUGUCCAGUGCAACACGGUACAGGAUCGUGUUGGUUUAGCGCGCAUGAUGACUGCAACUUCUGCUAUCGCCGCCAAUGGUCGCCGUACCACUGUGCGCAUCCUGUUUGACAGUGGCAGUCAAUCAACAUUCCUCAGCGCAUCUGCUGCUGAGCAACUUCAACUUCAGCCCCUCGGUAAGGACACGCUGAACGUAUUCUCCUUUGGCAGUGAGACUCCUCUGCGCCUUGUGCCAGAUGUGGUACAAUUUGCUCUCCUCCACAAGGACGGUUCUACUCGGACUCUUCAUGCGCAUGUGUUGCCAGCAUCGAAGACGAUCCACCCUGUGCAGCACAGCUCACUCUCUGCGGCAGACAGAGCAGUUCUGAUCAAUCUGCCGGCAGACUCUCUGGCUGAUCCGUUACCGGACGGUGCCUCCACUCAUGCAGUCGACUUGCUACUGGGCAUACAGUACUUCUGGGACCUCAUGAGUGGUCUGCCAACACGGUUGCCUUCUGGCCUCUACCUCAUUCCGUCUCGAUUGGGAUAUCUGUUGUCUGGCAACCCGAAUCCAGCCACUGCAGACAGCUCGCAUGCCUCUGCUUCUGACUCUGUGGUCUUUGUGUGCGCUACGGAACGCGUACCGGAUCUGUCCGAGAUGUGGUCUCUCGACAGUAUUGGUAUCAGUGACUCGCCGUUCCUCACUGACGACAACCGUGCCCAGCAGCACUUCAACUCAACCGUCCGAUUUCGCGAUGGCCGCUAUGAAGUCGCUUGGCCGUGGAAGUCUGAGCCACCUGACCUGCGAGACAACUAUGGCCUCGCACUCGGUCGUUUGACCUCCCUCGCUAAGCAGCUCGCUAGGGACCAUGACCUGCUAUUGCGCUACGAUGCAGUGAUCCAGUCUCAGGUUGAGCUGGGUAUUGUUGAACGUGUGUCAACCAACACUUCAACUCACACCGUCAAGCACUACCUGCCGCACCAGCCAGUCGUGACACCCUCCAAGGCGACCACUAAGCUGCGCAUUGUAUACGACGCCUCGGCCAAGUCAUCCAAAGCAGCGAAGUGUCUGAACGAGUGCAUGCAUCGUGGCCCUAUCAACUUGCCGAAUCUCUGUGGCAUACUUCUCCGCUUCCGUUGCCACUCCAUUGUGCUGUUGGCUGACAUCGAGAAAGCGUUUCUCCAGCUCAGCAUUCGGCCGGAUGACCGAGAUGUCACACGUUUCCUCUGGUUUGACGAUCCAGCAAACCCUACCACAUCCAAGGACAACUUGGCUGUGUAUCGCUUCUGUAGGAUGCCGUUCGGUAUUGUUGCCAGUCCGUUUCUGCUGGAAGCUACUAUCCAUCACCAUCUGCAGCUGCAGUGUACUCCUCUUGCCGCUUCUAUCGAUCAGAAUAUCUACGUGGACAACGUGUUGAUUGGUGUCUCAGAUGUUUCUGAUGUUCUUGCUGUAUAUGAGGAGGCCAAGUCCGUUUUCCAGCGUGCAUCAAUGAACUUGCGUGAGUGGACAACCAAUAGUACAGCUGCUCGGGCGACUCUACCAGCGGAUGACAUCGUCACGACUCGACAUGUCAAGGUGCUUGGUUUACAGUGGGACACACAUGACGAUGUAUUGUCAAUUGCUGGUUCUCGCUGCACCCUCUCUGCUGCUGCACCUGCUACUAAGCGCAUUGUCUUGCAAGCCGUCUCUGCUUUGUACGAUCCGCUUGGUCUACUCGUCCCAGCCAUUCUGUCUGGGCGCCUGCUACUUCGUCAAUUGUGGCAAGCUGAGCUCAAUUGGGAUGACCCUCUACCUGCACACUUUACUGACGAAUGGUCUGCUAUCUCCUCUAUGAUGGCAUCGCUCUCUUCGAUCACUAUUCCCCGUUUGUGUUGUCCGGUCGGCAGCGCUACGGAUGUGCAGCUCCAUAUCUUCACUGACGCUUCUGUCAAUGCGUAUGCAGCUGCUGGCUACCUCCGGGUCACAGAUGGCAGUUCGGUACACUCUGCCCUCGUCUUCAGCAAGAUGCGGCUCGCACCGGCUCCGAAGAAGUCAUCUUCUACAGCUGACACCAUGACCAUUCCUCGCCUGGAAUUACUGGGUGCUGUCAUUGGUGCUCGACUUGCGUCAUUCCUUCGGCAGGAACUCAACCUCACGCUCUCGUCCACUACUGUCUGGACUGAUGCCAGGUGCGUUCUGCAUUGGCUUGUAUCAAGUCGGGACCUGUCUACAUUUGUGGCCAAUCGCAUCGCUAGCUUACGUGCUCUGCCGGACAUCACGUAUCGCUAUGUCCCCAGUGCUGCUAAUCCUGCUGAUUUGGCUACUCGUCCGCAAACAGCUGCGCAGCUCGCCGACAGUACUCUAUGGUGGUCUGGUCCUUCGUGGCUAACAGAAGACGUCAGCAAAUGGCCUGCUUCUAGUCACCCCACCAUCACUCCUCAGGACUUGGCGUUGGCCGAGGCCGAGUAUCGUGGACCUCGUCUCAUCCACAGCAUGCUCGCUACCCAACCAGUCCUGCCGCCGUCACUUGUGCAGCAGUCUAUCCUAACGCGCUCGUCCUCACUGUCCAAAGCCGUCAGGAUCUUGACCUACUGCAUGCAUUUCCUCUAUCGUGUUGUGUGGACUCGGUUGCCCGCUGCUCAGCAGACACGCCUUCAGGAUGGCCAUGCUCUGCUAGCUCAGCUACUCAGCCAGUUUGCUGCUCAACCGCAUGUCUUCAGCGUCAGUGUGCGACGCUUGGUUCUGUCUCUAUUCGUACGUUCAGCGCAGCACAGCUCCUAUCCUGAUCUGUACUCUGGUUCUCUCGCUGAUAGCACGUCACCGUUGGUGAAGCAAUUUGGUCUUCAGCGUGACCAGCUCGGUGUUAUCCGUUGUCAUGGCAAGCUUGCUCACGUCCAUGCUACCAGCCAGCCUGCUCUGCUGCCACGCCAGCAUCGUCUCACUGUCUUGAUCAUUCUCGACAUCCAUGGUCGCCUGCUGCAUGCUGGUCCAAGCCACACCCUCGCACAGCUUCGCCUCAACUUCUGGGUUCCUCAUGGUCGUCAGGCUGUUCGCCAUGAACUGAAGCUAUGUCUUGUGUGCCGUCGUCAAGACUCGCCACCCUAUCGUCUUCCGUUGAUGCCGCCUCUGCCUGCUGAGCGUGUCAACCCUGCUCAUCCAUUUGAGUUCACCGGUCUGGACUACUUUGGACCAUUGCUCAUCAAGCAGUCCGACUCCUCCACGACCAAGGUAUGGGUCUGUUUAUUCACCUGUUUCGCUAUCCGUGCUGUCCAUCUCGAGUUCGUGGAUGACAUGUCCACAGCUGCCUUCAUCUCUGGCUUACGUCGCUUCAUUGCUCGUCGUGGCGUACCGCGUCUGUUGUAUUCUGACAACGCCAGCCAAUUUCACCUCGCCAGUUCUGCCGUGCCGGAUGCCUGGUCCUCUCUACCGUCUGACCCCGUCCUAGGCGAGUUUCUCUCUCAACGUCAGAUCACGUGGAAAUUCACCACUGCACUCGCCCCAUGGCAAGGUGGUAUUUAUGAGCGCAUGGUUGGCCUUGUGAAGGGCUGCAUGCGGAAAGUUGUUGGCCGGCAGUUGCUCUCGCUCCCACAGCUCCUCACCUUGCUGGCUGAAGUUGAAGCUGUCGUCAACAACCGCCCACUGACUCCCGUUUCGGCUGACGAUGAAGGUCCUGGUCUUCUCGUGCUCUCUCCAGCUCACUUCCUCGUUGGUGGUCGACCCACGCUGAUCCCUGUCGACACAUCCUCUGCUGAUGAUCCCGACUAUUCGCCUGAUAUCAGCUCCCGGGAUCACAUCUUGCAGUGGUGGAGGGCGUCCCAAGUUCUCUUGGAACGUUUCUGGAAAUGCUGGCGGACUGAGUACUUGCAAUUACUCAGGGAACGUGCGAACCCUGAUCACCGCCAGCCCAAGACGUCUCUAUCCGGCCAGCCACAGGUCGGGGAGAUUGUCAUUGUCAAAUCCGAAGGCAUACCACGUGGCCAGUGGCACAUUGGCAAGGUAACAGCGGCUAACGCUAGUGCGACAGAUGGUUGCGUCCGCUCAGCAGAGGUCCUGAUGCCGUCUGGCCGCACAGUGGAACGCCCACUAUCGCUGCUGUAUCCACUCGAGGUACCCAGCACCCGGCAGGAUGAUGCCCCCGCAGUCAUCAGCAGCCAGCAGUCAGAUAAUGCUCCUGGAGUGCAAGCACCACCGCCAUCAGCAACCCGCCCGAGGCGCAAGGCUGCCGAUCAGGCACGCCAAAACAUCGCUAGAUGGACGGCUUGUAACUUCACGGCGUUAAGUGUCGAACCAAUGUCCUUCAAGAUGUAA